CAACAGUUUCCAAAUUUUUGGCCCGAGGGAAGAGCGUCCAAAAAAUAUGGCCCUGUAUUUACCAUAGAUCAUAUAUCACAUAGCCACUAUACGAAUAUACGAACUUGGGUGUUUAGAAUAAAUAAAAAGAUUGUUUCGCUAACAGAACUGAUGGCAGGAGUUAAAGCUCCACCAAAGACUGUCCAAUUAUUUCAGUUGACUUGUUGGCCUAUGGGUCACAAAGUACCAACAUCGACAAAUUCCUUGGUAGAGCUCAUGAAUAUGGUCGAAAGAUGGAGACAACGGUCGGACUAUGGACCUGUUUGUGUAGUCUCCCCGGAUGGAAGAAGUAGAUGUGGAAUAUACUGCGCUGCAAAUGCUUGCAUAGAACAAGUCAUCCAACAUGGCGAAGUGGACGUUUUCCAAGCUGUUAGAACAGUUCGAAGACAUCGACCCCAACUUAUAGAAAAUAUUACUGAAUAUAAAUACUGUUAUGACGUCGUUCUUCACUACGUCCUGCACUACCUUCAAAAAGACCUUCAAGAAAUUAAAAUCAAGCAUUAGUGAUAUUCUAUAUAACUGCUUGACAGUUGAUUUAUUACCAGCUGUGCCACUUGAACCAAGAACUACUUGAAGAAAGAAAUACGGCUUGUAUCUUGUGUCCAAUCUAAGGUCCAGCUUUAUAUAUUCAUAUUUUGUAUGUGACGAGCACUAGAUUGAUAUAUCUGUGUUUACCUAUUAUUGGUAAAGGCAAUCAUAGGAAAAUAUUUCAAGUUCUAGAAAAAUUGAUUAAUAUAAAAGGGCUGUUUUCUUUUUGUUGGGCUUGUUGAUGAAAAAUAUGUACUCAAAAGGUUUUUAUUUCUUAUGUAUAUUCAUAGGAACCAUUAUCUGACCUCAUCAGAUUUAAAAUAAUUAUCUGACCUCAUCAAAACCUUAGAUAAAAUCUACGGAACAUAUGGCAAAUGUCAUUUAAUACAAAAUUAUAAAAUAAUAAAUAAUCAGAAUGUUAACUAUCACAAAACUUACACGUACAGGCAACGUACCUAUCUCGCGCAGACAGCUCCCACCAUUAUUUAGGCCAUUCCAGUGGACUACCUAAGAUCUGACGGCACAAUGGGC